AUGUCGUCACGAAGAGUAUAUGAAAGUGGUUUUGCUAAACGCAAGGCAAAAGAACAAAGAACCGCCAGUUUGGAUGUAAUGCGAGGUUCAAUGACUAAAUUUCUUAGAAAAACAUCAGUAACUUCAGAAAAUGAAUCAUUUGUGGUUACAAAUGAAAAUGUAAGAGAUGAAGCUGAAACAAAAAAUGAAUCAUUUGUGGUUACAAAUGAAAAUGUAAGAGAUGAAGCUGAAACAAAAAAUGAAUCAUUUGUGGUUACAAAUGAAAAUGUAAGAGAUGAAGCUGAAACAAAUAUUGAAAUGGAUCUAAAUUGUGAAUUUCCUUCAGAUCGUGGAAGGUUUCCAGAUAUCAUAAAUAAUUCCAAUUUAAAAAGACAAAUUAUUGCAUUUGGGCCUUGCAAACCAGAUAUUAAAUUUCCAUUAGAUUCUACAUGGUGUCAAGAUAAUGAAAACAAAAAGUGCCGAAAAUUUUCUGUUGAAUAUUAUUUCACAACAAAUUUAGCUGGCCACAAAAUACCUAGAUCUUGGCUUUGCUAUUCAGUCAUACUUGAUAAAGCAUACUGCGAAUCUUGUUGGUUAUUUUCUGAUAGAACACAUCCUUAUUUUAAAUCUAACUGGAUCAAAGGAAUAAAUGAUUGGAGACAUUUAUCUCAAAAAAUUAACAAACACGAAAUUUCUAUUCAGCACAUAGAAGCUGUCACAUUACGCACGAUCUGGGUAAAAAAUCAAACAAUUGAUCAGUCGAUCGAAGAUCAAAUAUCCAAAGAAGCACAACAUUGGAGGGAUAUUUUAACUCGCUUAAUAAAAAUAAUUUUAUUUUUAACAGCUGGUAAUACAGCCCUUCGUGGUAAUGAAGGUAAAUCAACUUCUACAAGUAUGAACGAAGGCAAUUUUAUCCGAUCAGUACGACUCAUGGCUGAAUUUGAUCCAAUACUACAUAACUUACUUUACACUGAAAAAACACGAGUGAAAUAUCUAAGUUGGAAAAUUCAAAAUGAACUAAUUGAUUUACUAUCAACAAACGUAAUUACUUUAAUUUGUGAAGAAAUCAGAUCCGCUCCAUGUUUCUCCAUAGUUGAUUAUAGAGAACAAAAGUUAUGUUGUAAAGAGUCUUUUCUAGGAUUUUACCCUCUACAUAAGCAUGGUGCUGAAGAUCAUGUCAAUUUAAUAAUAUCUAUUUUAAAGAAUUAUAAUUUAGAUAUAAACAAAUGUAGGGGCCAAGGAUAUGAUGGCGCUUCGGUAAUGAGUGGUAGCUUCACUGGAGUACAAAAAAGAAUUUCUGAUAUAAUUCCAAAUGCAUCUUAUGUGCACUGUGCUGCACAUAAUUUGAAUCUCGUUUUUAAAAGUGCUCCUAGAUGGACUUCUUUGGCGCUAGGUGAUGAUGUAGCAAAAAUAGUCUUAAAAAAAGUAUGUACAACUAGGUGGGAAUCCCGACACAACGCAGUUUUUGCCUUAAAGUAUCGUUUCAAAGAUGUUUUAAAAUCCCUAACAAAUAUAAUGUUAACAAGUGACAAAAAAGAAGAAAUGAAUAGAGCUAAGGGUCUAAAAAAGAAGUUGGAAUCUUUUGAGUUUGUGCUCAUACUUACUAUAUGGGAACAAAUUUUAAGGCCAUUUUAUGUGGUAUCUAAAAAACUACAAUCAGUUGAUUCUAACCUUCAUAAUGCUUGUGAAUGUUUACAAUCAGCUAUUACGAUAAUUCAAAAUUUGAGGGAGAAUUAUGAAGAACUGGUUACCUCAGCAACACAUUUGUGUAAUAGUUGGGGAAUAUCUGUGAAUAAUAACCAACGACGUCAAGUAUAUUCAAAAAAUUUUUUUGGUGAUUUAGAUGGAGACAGAAGACAAGAUGUUACAGAAGAAAACCUCCGAAUAAAAGUAUUUUUGCCAUUGAUUGAUACAGCUUUAGUUCAGCUAAAUAAUCGCUUUAUAGGUUUACAGAAUGUAGUUGAUAAAUUCAACUUUUUACAACCACAAGUAAUUCUACAAUCUAGUGAAGAUGACGUUGUCAAGGCUACUUAUGACUUUAUUUUGUACUAUGAGAAAGAUAUAAGUUCAGAUUUUUUAAGACAGAUGUUAUCUUUAAAGGAAGUUAUGAUUGAUUCACUGUUAACUAUGAAAACUAUAAAAGAUUUAGCAAAUUAUAUUUUAGAAAAUGAUAUGGCUUCUCUUUUUAAAGAUAUAUUAACUGCUUGUAUUAUUUUUAUAUCAUUACCCGUCACUGUUGCGUCAGCUGAACGUUCAUUUUCCAAGUUAAAAAUAAUAAAAAACUACCUAAGAAACUCAAUGGGACAAGAAAGGCUAUCAAAUAUUAGUAUAUUAAAUAUAGAACGCUCAAGAACUCAUGAAUUGAAUGUAAAUAAAAUUAUUGAUGAUUUUGCUAAUAAAAAGGCAAGAAAAAAAAACUUUAGUAAGUAA